ACCCCUGUGCACUCAGAAGGGUACCUUUGUUUGUUUGCAGUCCGGCAGCUGAUUAAGUCUCAGCGGGUCCACAACAAACUGGGCAUCGUGUUUGAUAAGGAAAAGGACAAGUCUCAAAGGAAAGAUUUCAUCUUCGAGAGCACAAGAAAGCGGGAAGCCUUUUGCCAGCUUCUCCAGCUGAUGAAGAAUAAACAUUCCAAGCAGGACGAGCCAGACAUGAUCUCGGUCUUCAUUGGCACCUGGAACAUGGGGAGUGCUCCGCCUCAUAAAACCAUGGCCUCCUGGUUGGUGUCCAAGGGACUGGGGAAGACCCUGGACGAGACCACCGUCACUAUCCCACACGAUAUAUAUGUUGUGGGCACACAGGAGAACUCGCUGGGAGACAAGGACUGGGUUGAUUUCAUACGGGGCAGCCUGAAGGAAUGUACGGAGCUGGACUUCAAACCGGUGGCGAUGCAGUCACUGUGGAAUAUUAAGAUUGCGGUGUUGGUCAAACCGGAGCACGAGAACCGCAUUAGUCACAUCAGCACAUCGAGCGUGAAGACCGGAAUAGCCAACACCCUGGGCAACAAAGGUGCUGUGGGCGUCUCCUUCAUGUUCAAUGGAACCUCUUUUGGCUUUGUCAACUGCCAUUUAACGUCAGGCAAUGAGAAGACAGCCAGACGCAAUCAGAACUAUUUGGACAUCCUGCGCCUGCUUUCUCUCGGUGACAAACAGCUGAGCUCCUUUGACAUCUCCCUGCGAUUCACUCAUCUCUUCUGGUUUGGGGACCUGAACUACCGGCUGGAUAUGGAGUUACAGGAUAUCCUGAACUACAUCAACAGGAAGGAGUUUGAGCCGCUGCUGAAGGUUGACCAGCUGAGCCUGGAGAAGGAGAAGAAUAAGAUUUUCCUGCGAUUCUAUGAAGAGGAGAUAACUUUCCCGCCAACGUAUCGCUACGAGCGAGGCUCCCGGGAUGUGUAUGUUUGUCACAAACAGAAGCCGACAGGGGUCCGCACCAAUGUCCCCUCGUGGUGUGAUAGGAUCUUGUGGAAGUCGUAUCCCGAAACCCACGUCAUAUGUAACUCCUACGGGUGUACAGACGACAUUGUGAGCAGUGACCACUCGCCUGUCUUUGGCACCUUCGAGGUGGGCGUCACAUCACAAUUUGUGUCCAAAAAAGGUCUCUCGAAGACGUCUGACCAGGCCUACAUCGACUUCGAAAAUAUUGAGGCCAUUGUGAAGACAGCCAGCAGGACCAAGUUCUUCAUUGAGUUCUACUCCACCUGCCUGGAGGAAUUUAAGAAAAGUUCUGAGAACGAUACACAGAGCAGCGAUAACAUCAACUUCCUGAAGGUGGGCUGGUCAUCCAGGCAGCUGCCCACG